AUAUGACACAUUUUGCAAAAUGGAGCUUGUCGUACUUCUCUGUGCCGUUUCUCUGCUGCAUUCAUGUGAAGCUCGAGAGCCCAGUGCUGAGACUCCUGUGUUUGUGAGGAAAGGAGAGGAUGUCUUUCUGAAUGUCACAAUAGCUGAUGUUUCUACAGAAGAUCUUGUUUUCUGGAGAUUCAAUAAAACAGUUAAUUUAGCACGGUUUUCACCUGGUAUAUUCGUCUUUGAUAAUUACAAAGAAAGGAUUGAGUUUCUUGAGAAAUACUCUGUGAAAUUGAAGAAUCUACAAGAGGCAGACAGUGGAGUUUAUACUGUAUUAGUGUCUGGGGAUAAAGAAAAACAAAUAACUGGAUACAAGAUCACAGUUCAAGAUCCAGUGUCUCCAGUUAAUCUGUCAGUGGACUCUGUGUCUAACAGCUCAGACUGGUGUAACCUGACAGUGAGCUGCAGAGCACAGGACUCUCACAUUAACAGCAUCUUUAGAUGUGACACCCACACCUGCAGUCAGGAGGGAGGAGAGAGACCACAGGUCACACCCUCUGCUGCUGAUCUCCAUGUCUACCUGUCCAAUGGCUCCAUCAUCUGUAACCAUAGCAACCAGGUCAGCUGGAAAAAGGACAUGAAAACAAUUGAAAAUGUCUGCCCCCGACAUGAUGGUCCAGAGAGUGUCUCUGCUGGUCUCUCUGUGUGCCUGCUGAAGACAGCCGUGUUGUCCGUCGGUCUGAUCAUCACAUGGAUGCAAACAAUGUAAGAUUUAAAAAGUAUUUGUUCAAAAUCUGGGAAAAAUGAAUUUCAACUCAUUUGUAAAGGUUAAAUGAUACUUUAAAUGCAAUUUUGCAAGUAUAAUUCAUGUAAAUAUUGUUUCUCCAAAACAAACAAAAUCAAACAAAACUCCCAAGGGCACCUUUUAUGCAAAUGCUGAUGAUUCUAGAUUAUCCAUUGAUUAUACCCAAUAAUCACUGUGCUCACUUUGUAAAUAAAAUGAUUGUACAGAGAUCUUCCAAAAUACUUUAAAGAGGCGCUAUGCAGUUUUGGCCAUUUCUUCGCUUUUUGCUCGCAGGUUUCUCUAUAGAGCUCCCCCUACAGCUUCAGAAUAGAUAUUUGGCAGC